AUGUCGACCGGUCUCGGCAAGGGUAUCGGCAUCCCCGUCAAGCUUCUCCACGAGGCGGAGGGGCACACCGUGACGAUCGAGCUCAAGACGGGUGACACUUACAGGGGCACGCUGCUCGAGGCUGAGGACAACUGGAACUGCCAGCUAGAGGGAAUCACGCACACGGGCCGCGACGGCCGUGUGAACCAGCUGGAGAACGUCUAUGUCCGAGGCAGCAAGAUUCGUUUCCUGAUCAUCCCAGACAUGCUGAAGAACGCGCCGAUGUUCAAGCGCAUCGACCCGAGGGCGGGCGGGCGCGGCGCAGGGAGGGGAGGUGCCGGCGGUAGGGGUGGCAGGGGUGGACGAGGCGGGCGCGGUGGGCGCGGCCAGUAG